AUGGAUGAGAGUGCUGCAUUUGUCCACGUGAGCGAUAAGGAGAAGAUAAAGGCACUGAAAUUGGUGGUGGAUGCUGAUGGCUAUCUGGCACAGCGCCAGCUCUUGCCAGCUCUGAACCUAUACAAGGAAUCUGCCGAGAUAUUACCAGACCCAGCCAUAAUUCGCAAGAUCAAAAAACUGCGCAAAUAUAUGAAGCGUAAUGGCAUGGAUCUUGGUGAGGACAAAGAAAAUCAGGUGGACUACAUUAAUAGCGGAAAACAGGUGUCUCCUGAUGCCAUAACCACACCGAACAAUGGCAAUAAAUCUUUAAGGGAGCGUGUCAACUUUGCUGUUAGUUCAGGCAAUUAUCCCAAAGACAGUCCCAAAUCAUCUGAAAUUAUUACAGACCAUGUUGCAAAUAUAAAAACUGAGAAUACUAGCAUCAAGAAGCAAGAAGACUUGGAUGUCAUUGUAACUGAAAACAAGCUUCUUGAAACGGCUUCUGACUGUCUUCCAGCCACCGUUCCUGAAAAUGAUGAUGAUGAUAAAAAGGAAACCCAGCACAAACGUGACGUCAGGCAUCAAAAACCAAGAUUAUCAUCUUUGGAUUUGAAACCUGAGAUUCCCUUAGACAAUGCAAAAAGUAGACUUUCAAAGAUGGCACCACCACCAGCCACAUUGGACACUCCUAGUAGUGAAAAAAUCUCACCAAAUAGUGAGGACCGUAUUCGGUCUUUUAAAGAUCUCCGGAAACGAAUGUAUCCCCACCAGAAAGAAGGGAUGAAAUGGUUGGCUCGACUGUUUGGGGAACAGAAAGGAGGAAUCCUUGGUGAUGAUAUGGGUCUUGGCAAAACCCUCCAGGUGAUUGGCUACCUGUAUAAGAUGUUUGAAGUGAAUGAAAUUGAACACGUCCUUAUUGUACUACCAAGUGCACUCAUUCUGCCGUGGCAAAGUGAAAUAACCCGAUGGGCCCCAAAUUUAAACUAUGCGACUUUUCAUGGAAAAACACGGGCAGGUCGUAUGAAACUCUUACACAACCUCCAGCGCGAAGGUGGCAUCCUGUUGACCACAUAUGGUCUAAUUGUCACCAACUAUGAGGAAUUGUCGAAAGGUCCGAAUGGGCGCCAGUUUAUUUGGGAUUACGUGUUUCUGGAUGAGGGUCACAAAAUCAAAAAUCCAACCAAGACACAAAAGGCAGCACACUAUAUUCCAGCUCAUAAUCGAAUCAUAAUCACUGGAACUCCUAUACAGAACAAUUUGGUGGAAAUGUGGUCACUUUUUGAUUUUGUACAUCACGGUUCUUUGCUGGGUACCAUCAAAACUUUUAAGAUCAAUUAUGAAAAUCCCAUUACAAGGGCACGUCAAAAAGAUGCCUCUUUGGAAGAGAAACAACUUGGCUACACAAUGUCACUAAAUUUACAAAAGAUUAUUGCUCCUUAUUUCCUGAGGAGAACCAAAGCUGAGCUCAUGGCUGACCCUGACAGUGGACUUCCAAAACUUCCUCGGAAAAACGACAUUAUUGUUUGGGUCAAAAUGACUGCAGAUCAAAAGAAAGUUUAUGAAUCUUACUUGAGACUUGAUGAGGUGAAAGAGUUAAUGUCCUCCAGUCGAUCGCCACUUGUCGCCUUAAAUAUUUUAAAGAAAAUCUGUGAUCAUCUUCGCCUGUUGUCUGUGAGAAUCUGCAAGGCCUUGGGAAUGCUCACUACAGAGGAAACAAGAAAAUAUGUCCAAGAUCGCAUUUCUCACCUGGAUGACCCACUUGAAAUCCCUGAGUGGACACGGCAGCCUGGAGCUGAGGAGCCAGCUACUUCUAUUCCAACCAAACAAAGCAAAGAAACAGAUUGUGCUGCAACUCAACUAACUGGCAUCCCUGAUGCUCUUCUUUAUAAAGAGUCCAGUAAGCUGAUGAUAGUUAUUGAAUUACUUGGCUAUCUCUCUGCAACUGGACACAAGUGCCUUGUCUUCUCCCAAUCCACUAAGAUGUUAGACAUCAUUCAGCAGAUCCUUAUCAACCUGCAUUAUCGCCAUGUUAGAAUGGAUGGACAGAUUACCAAGCUGGAACAGAGGGCAGAAAUAAUUCGUCGAUUUGAAACUAACAAAGAUAUCCACAUAUUUCUCCUCACGACACAAGUUGGUGGUGUUGGGCUGAACUUGACAGUAGCUGACAGAAUUAUAAUUGUGGAUCCAAGCUGGAACCCAGCCAUUGAUAGCCAGGCCGUAGACAGGAUCUACCGUAUUGGGCAAAAAAAGAAUGUCAUCAUUUUCCGGCUCAUCACUUGUGGUACAGUCGAGGAGAAAAUUUACAUUCGCCAACUUUUUAAGCUCUCAAUUAACAGGCAGACGACGAAGGAGUCAAAAGACCCUUUCAGAUAUUUUACAAAGCAAGAUUUAAAGCAACUCUUCAUUGUUGAUGACCUGUCUGUGUCUGAGACACAGUUGCAACUGGCUCAAAUGCAUGCAAACAAACGAGUGAGCGAUGAAGUUGUUGAUGAUCAGAUCAAAUUCCUGGAAUCGAUGAAUUUCAAACUUAGUUUUUUUUCUUUUUUUUUUUCUUUUUUCUUUUUUUCUUUUCUUUUUUCUUUUUCUUUUUCUUUUUCUUUCUUUUCUUUUUCUUUUUUUUUCUUUUCUUUCUUUUUUUUCUUUCUUUUUCUUUUUCUUUUUUUUUUUUCUUUCUUUUUUCUUUUUUUUUUUUCUUUUUUUUCUUUUAUUUUUUUUUUCUUUCUUUUUUAUCUUUCUUUUAUCUUUCUUUUAUCUUUCUUUCUUUUAUCUUUCUUUUCUUUUAUCUUUCUUUUAUCUUUCUUUUAUCUUUCUUUCUUUUUUUCUUUCUUUCUUUCUUUCUUUUUUUAUCUUUCUUUCUUUUCUUUCUUUCUUUUUCUUUCUUUCUUUUUUCUCUUUCUUUUCUUUCUUUUCUUUCUUUUAUCUUUCUUUCUUUUAUCUUUCUUUCUUUUUUUUUUCUUUCUUUCUUUCUUUUAUCUUUCUUUUCUUUUUUCUUUUUCUUUUCUUUUUUUUCUUUUUUCUUUUUUCUUUUUUUUCUUUUUUUCUUUCUUUUUUCUUUCUUUCUUUUUUUUUUUCUUUCUUUUUUUUUUUUCUUUUUUUUCUUUUUUUUUCUUUCUUUCUUUUUUUUCUUUUUUCUUUUUUUCUUUCUUUCUUUUCUAA